AUGUAUCACCUCGGGCUCCAGAGUAAUCUGUCCAAUGUGGUGUCUGGUCCACAUGAUGAUGAGAUGGCUUUCGGAGAUCUUACCGUUGCUAUCCGUCAAACCAAAGUCCACCAGAUCAUCGUUAAGAUGCCUUCGUUCAAGGCGAUCAUAAUUAUCUGCCUGGCGUCAUCUGCCGUGGCAGUGCCCAUUGCUAUCACCACGCCACAGGGUCAACUCGACAAUGCUCUACCCGCAGCGUCCAUCACCCGCCGGAAACUUGAAUAUGCAUCCAACCUCAACCGCAAGCGAGACAUUCCACUGUAUGCCAACUCACCCAUACCACGUGACUGCGGCAGCAGCUCGGCUCAAGAGGAAGCCGAGAGACAGCAACAGGCCGCCGAAGAAGCCCAGAGAGAAAAGGAAAGGCAAGAGGCCGCUGAAAGAGAGGCCGAACUGCGCAAGGAACAACAAGAGGCUGCUGAGCGGGAGUCUGAGCAACGCAAAGAAGAACAAGAGGCUGCGGAAAAAGCGGCUGAGAAGAAGAAGGAGGCCGCCGAGCAGGAGGCUCAGGCCAAAGCCGAAGAAGAAGCGAAGAAGGAGGCUCAGGCCAAAGCUGAAGAAGAAGCGAAGAAGGAGGCUCAGGCCAAAGCUGAAGAAGAAGCGAAGAAGGAGGCUCAGGCCAAAGCUGAAGAAGAAGCAAGGAAGGAAGCUCAGGCCAAAGCUGAAGAAGAAGCAAGGAAGGAGGCUCAACAGAAGGCUGAAGAAGAAGCGAAGAAGGAGGCUCAACAGAAAGCUGAUGAAGAAGCGAAGAAGAAAGCUCAAGAACAAGCUGAGAAGGAAGCCGAGAAGGAGAAGGAAGUGCAGAAGAAAGCUCAAGAGCAAGCUGAGAAGGAAAAGGAAGCGCAAAAGAAAGCUCAAGAGCAAGCUGAGAAGGAGGCCGAGAAGGAGAAGGAAGCGCAAAAGAAAGCUCAAGAGCAAGCUGAAAAGGAGGCCGAGAAGGAAAAGGAAGCCGGAAAAAAAGCUCAAGAGCAAGCUGAGAAAGAAGCUGAGAAGCAAGCUAAGAAUGCUUAG